AUGGAAGCCGGUUUUAUACCGGUGGGCGCGAGCGGCAACGCGGCUAAUAACGCGUUGCCGCCCGCAGUGGUGGCGCCACCGGUAAACGUCAUCCGAGCGCCGGGCCUGAAGCGCGGGAAAAUGGAAGAGGCGAUAUCGGAUCGGGCCACCUUCCCAUUUAAUAAGCGACUCCCACCACGGCGUGCGGCGGAACAAUCAGUGACGCCAGAAACGCGGCUCGCGUCGGUCGCACGUCGCGACGUUAUCGCACCGCCGUUCGUGGCAAUUUCUCUCGGCCGAGCGAGAGUAGUUGAAAAACUGCGGAAUCUG